CAACAUAUGUACAUGCACACACUCACACCAAUCUCAUUGGAGAUUCGGUAUACAAUAUACAAUUCCGUGCAAUACAUAAUCGCGCAGAAUGGCACGCGGAUAGUCGAGUAUUUUUUACAUUUGUUUAUUUUUUUCACGGACGCGCUCGCUCUCGGGGGACACAGCGAUGGCGUCAACUUAUAUCAAGGACGAGACUGGCACAUUUAUCCCAGCAAGUCAACGACCUGAUGGUACAUGGCGUAAGCAACGGCGCGUGAAGGAUGGAUAUAUUCCUCAGGAGGAAGUUCCAUUAUAUGAAAGCAAAGGGAAGCAAUUGGUGAAGAAGCCUUUAUAUCCAGUGGGUGCUAGCCCAGAAUUUAUAGCUGAACAUAAAGCCAAGUUAGAGGCCCUAGCAGGAAAGAAUAAAAUAAUACCUGGUACGCAAGCAAAAACGCAAGAAGGAUCCAAAAAGAAGAAAAAGAAAAACAAGUCUAAAGCAAUCGAACCUGUGAUUGAAGGAUUAUCUAAAAUAUCGAUCUCAGAGCCCGAAUUUCAUAAAGAAGUCUCAACUCAUAAUAAUGAUAAGCCAUUAUCCGCUGCAAAACAAACUACAACAAACAACAUAGUUAAAGACAAUUCAAACAUUACACAGAAAACGACAAUGGAUCCACAAAAGAGAUUAAAGAAUUUGCGCAAAAAGAUUAGAGAAAUUGAAGUGUUAGAAGAAAAAAUCAAAACUGGUGCUUUGAAAAAUCCUGAUAAGGAGAUACUUGAAAAAGUGGCACGAAAAACAGAGAUUUCCAAAGAAAUAAAAAGAUUAGAAACUGCUUCAUAAAGCAGCAUAUCUAAUUAGAAGUUUGACACAGAUUUAUUAGUGCCAUCCAAUCCUAAAACUUUGUCAACAACAAGUGUGUAAUUCUACAACAAAUGUGUAAUUACUUGAUGAAACAAGUAAAGACUCGUUUAUUCUUUCUGACGAUCGGCAAUUUUACAUAUGGCAACUGUAUCUUGUAUUCAUUAUUCUUGUUUGAUCAGUGCAUAGAUCGAUAAUAUUGAUAAAUAUAUUUAUAAUGGAAUGGUAUAAUUAUACCAAAAAUUUUAAUACUCAAUCAUGUAAACAUACUUAUACACACAUAUUCAUAUAUAUAAUAUUUCAUCACUAACAAAAAAUUGCUUAUAAUUGGCCGCUUUCUGUUCAACAAACUUAUUUAACUUAUAUAAGACAGAAAUUGUGUCAUAAAGCUUUGCAGCAGUUUGAAAAUAAAAAGGACAAUAGCGAAUGUGAUGAGAAUAAGAGCAAAUAAAAAUUUUUGGCAUUAAAGUUUUAGUGCUAUUAAAUAAUGCUCCCGAGUUGCAGUUUUAAAAUAAAAGGAGAAUUCUUUAAUAAAAUGAAAAAUAUUUUCAUUAGUGAGGAAAUACUAUGUAUGUACAUAUAAAAAAAAACAUAAGGUGUGAAAGUUUUAAUAAAUACAAACGGAGUUUUCGUUAAA